AGAGUGGGAACUGCAGUAAACGGACCAUAAGCGACCAUCUUGUGCUGAAGGGCUGCUGUCUCUCAGUUCAGUCAAAGUUUAUAACACAACAAACCCAGCACAAUGAGUGGCGACAAGGAGUUAGAGGCCAUCCGCAAUAAAAGGAUGCAAGAGCUGCAGAGUAUGCAGGGGCAGCACCAGCAGCAGGAGGAGAUGCAGCAGCAACAGCAGCAGGCAAUCAAUGGUCUUCUCAAUCAGGUCCUUGACCAACAAGCCAGAGCAAGAUUAAACACAAUCAUGGUGGCAAAGCCAGAGAAAGGAAGACAGAUGGAGUCCAUUAUUGUUCAGAUGGCAACAUCUGGGCAGAUAGGUGGCAGGCUGUCAGAAAAUGAUCUCAUUAGCCUGGUGGAAAGAGUUAAUGCUCAAACUCAAAAAACUACUUCAGUUAAGUUUGACCGAAGGCGAGCUGCUCUUGAUGACGAUGGCGACUGGUAAAGAAGAUAAUUUCUGAACAAUACGUUAAUGGUUUUGUUAUUAUUGUGUGUAGUUUCAAGCAGCAGUUUUCUUGUGUUAUUUUAUUUGUCGUAUGAAAUUAUGGUUUGUAAUGUUUGUUGGUGCAUAAACCUUAAACUUAAAUCUUUACAAAUAUUAGGUAUAAGUUAGCAGUUUUACACUGCAUAAUGUCAGACAGCUUAGGCAACUUACUAUGUAUGAGAAUUAAGAACUUUGAAAUUUAUGGAUGUAAUUGUAAAACAUUUCAUCAUCUAAAUUUCUUGUUUGUCAGGAAUGUUUGUUUAUUUAUCCAAAUUGUUUGAUUUAGGACUAAAAUUUUUACAAAUUUAUUUGGAAAUUUUUUUUGGGGUUAAAACCAAUGACACUGAUUGACGUCUACUUUAAUAUUUUUGUUAAAAUGCUUUCAAAUUGAAUUUAACACUUCCAGAAAGAUUGUACAAUAUACUGUAGUAUAUAGUGCCCCAGUAAUUUCUGCAAUGCAAUAUACUAACUGUCAAUUUUAUGAGUAAAUCAUACCACCAACAUCUUUAAUGACAUAAUUUUAUUUUAUAAAUACAGUAAACCUUAAUAAUUUCAGAUUUUUUUAGUGUAUUUCCAAGACUUGUGACUAUUGUACAACUAUUAAUGAUUCGGGUAAAGUAAAAAAAAUCUUGAAUGUGUGUUAUGAAUUAAGAUGAUCCACACAGUGACCUCUCAUAUUAACUGCUUCUGUCAACUCACCAUCCUUGUAUUGUCUUUGCUCAGCCACAUUAGGGUAUAUCCCUAUAACUUUAUUUGUGGUGACUUUCACCAAAUGAUUGUGUGGGAUACUAUACUGCACAAGCAAAAUGCAUCACAGCACCUCAGAACAGCUGAUAAUAAUAAGCACAGCUAAGAGUGGAGUAAAUGCAGAAGGGAUUCAACAGGAAUAUGAACUGAAGCAGAUCACUUAUUGCAAUAUUAUUAAUCCUUUUACUCCAGGUUGCCACUUUUAAUUUUUUGUUUGUCUGAUGCCAGAUGAUUUUAUCCAGCACAGAGACCCUCUUGUACCUGAGGGGUUAAGGAUAAAUGUGAAGUUGAAAUUUGAAGAGAUUUACUUUUUAUAAAGCAUGACUAGUUGGGGAAACUUGAGGAUUUGAAGAGCACUUGUUGAAAUAGCCAAGCAAAAGAUGACUGAGGUGUUCCUGUGCAUAAUUUGAAACUUACAAGUGCUGCUGGAAACUUGGUACUGUACUGUAUAUUGAAUUUCAAUAUACUGUGCAGUAUUUCUAAUUUGUAUCAUUACUGGGGUAUCUGUAAGAUAUUGGCUGGUUACUUGUUCUUGGGGAGGGUGUACUAACAUUGCUUAAAUUCUCAAUUAUUAAAUGUGUGUGUUUGGACUGGCUUUCCCCCAGUUUUUCUGGAAUUGUGAGGGUUUACCAGUUAAUGGCUUUGGACUUGUGAAUUGUAUCAUGUGGAUUAUUGUGUCCAUUUAACAUGAAAUAGCAUUUAUUUCUGUAUGUCUUGCCGGUCUGUUCUACCUAAUAAGUGGCAGCCACUUGUACAUUCAUUAGGAAUUACAAGACUAGUGUCCAUCCAUGUCAAAUUGAGGUUUUGUCCCAAAACCUCUCCAUGUGUGGCCUUUAAAAAACCUUUGACUUUUUCAGUCUGCUCUGUGAGUAGCUUGUCUUGAAAUGUCCAUAAUUCCUUUAACUGAUUAGUGUUUUAUAUUGUAAAAAAAUGGAUAGAUGUAAAAACACCCCUUAUUUUUGUGUAAUAUAUUUUUUUUUUUUUUUUACAUGAUAGUAUUAAAAGCCUAUGACCUGUAAAAGAUAGUCAACCUGAAGAUUCACAAGGUUAGCCAGUGUGUGCUAUUGCUCACUUUAUAUUGUAAGUCUCUUGGUCGAGACAGCUUUGUUUAUUAGUCAACCCUUUACAACAAAUGUUUUUUUUUUUUUUCACUUAAGUUCCUGACACCUAUAUGUUUAUAUUAAUAUUAUUUACAAAAUCACUGUAUGUGUGCAUCUGCAAUUAACUUAUUUGCUUUAUGAAUUCACAUUUAUAUAUAUUAUACGGUCUUACUGAAUUUGAUAUUUUGUCUAAGGACUAUUAUACUGUAACUAAAAGUUAAGAGUUAGUCAUGAGAUAAUAUAUUAUCAAAUAUAAUAUAUUUUAUCUUCACUCGGAAAAGUUCACAGUUAUAUCUUCAAUAAACUGUUAGAUAACAUUUGUAAGUGCUCUUUGCCUCUCCAGGGUAAAAUGCCCUACAUGACAAUAAGUCAUGACAGGAAAGGGUGUACUAUGUUCUCAGCUCUGGUUAAAUACUUGGGAACUAGGUCUGCUGCUUCCACACCAUAUUGUAAAAUUUUGACACAAACAUUUUAUCAUUGCUAUAUUAUAAUAUUUUGCUUCAAAUGAUAUUAAGGAAAAAGAAGUGCCACUUACUUAAGAAUAAAAUUUUAAUUUGCA